AUGGCGGCCACUGCCGCCUCCUCGGCUUUCAAGCGGCUGGACCUGCGCGACCCCGCGGCGCUCUUCGAGACGCACGGAGCGGAGGAGAUCCGCGGCCUGGAGCGCCAGGUUCGGGCCGAGAUCGAGCACAAGAAGGAGGAGCUGCGGCAGAUGGUGGGCGAGAGGUACCGCGACCUGAUCGAGGCGGCCGACACCAUCGGCCAGAUGCGCCACUCCGCCGAGGGGCUGGUGGGCGCCGUGCGGGCCACCGACCAGUACUGCGCCCGCCUCCGCCAGGCCGAGCCGGCCGGGACCCGGCCGCCGCAGGCCCCGGAGGUCAGUCCCCCAUCCCGAGAGAAAUUCUACAGCAUGGCCGCCCAGAUCAAGCUGCUCCUGGAAACCCCUGAGAAGAUGUGGAGUGCGCUGGAGGCCUCCCACUACCUCCACGCCACCCAGCUCUACCUGCUCUGCUGCCACCUUCACAGACUGCUCCACCUGGACACGUCCACUUCUCCUCACAGCCCUGUCCUCUCCCGAUUCCCUAUACUCAUCCGGCAGGUGACUGCAGCCAGCCACUUCCGGUCCACCAUCCUGCAUGAAAGCAAGACGUUGCUUCAGAGCCAGGCUGUGUCAGACCAGGCUGUGGCCGAGGCGCUGUGCUCCAUAAUGCUCCUGGAGGAAAGCUCCCCUCGCCAGGCCCUCACAGACUUCCUGCUGGCCAGAAAGGCCGCCAUCCAAAAGCUUCUCCAGCAGCCACAGCAGGGUGUCAGCACCAAGACCCAGGUCUGCAUGUUAGUGGAGCUGCUGACUGCCACGCUGAGCCAGGCUCACACCCUUUUCUACACUUUGCCUGAAGGGCAGCUGCCAGACCCGUCCCUGCCAUGUGGCCUGCUCUUCUCCACUCUGGAGACUGUCACAGGGCAGCACCCUGCCGGAAAAGGCCUCGGGGUUCUACAGGAAGGGAUGAAGCUCUGCAGCUGGUUCAAACACUUGCCAGCGUCCGUUGUCGAGUUCCAGCCAGUGCUUCGAACCCUGGCACAUCCCAUCAGCCAGGAAUACCUGAAGGACACGCUGCAGAAAUGGAUCCACAUUUGUAGUGAAGACAUUAGAAACGGGCUCACCGGUCUGCUGAUGUUCGUGAAGAACAUGAAAGGCCUUGCGGGAGCCCGGGAUGCCAUCUGGGAGCUGCUCACCAGCGAGUCCACCAAUCACAGCUGGGACGUGAUCUGCCAGCGGCUUCUGGAGAGGCGGCUGCUGCUAUGGGAGGACCUGAUGCAACGGCUCUUCCUGGACCGACUGCAAACUCUGAUGCAGGAAGGCUUUGGGGCUAUCUCCAGUAGCUCCCAGGAGCUCCUGAUACCAGCCUUGCAGGAGCUCGCCUCCAAUGCCCACAACUCCACUGCAAGCAAGCACGUCCAGUUUGAGCACAACAUGUCUCUGUUUCUCUGGACAGAGAGUCCGAAUGACCUGCCCCCUGAUGCCGCCUGGGUCAACGUGGCCAACCGAACUCAGUUUUCCAGCAGUGGGCUUGCUAUGAAAGCUCACGCCAUUAGCCCCUGUGUACAGAGCUUCUGUUCUGCCUUCGACGCCAAACUCAAGGUUCAGCUGGACGACCUCCAGGCUUACCUCCCCGCUGAGGACCCGUCACGGCUGUCCAAGGACAUGUCCCCCCAGAGCUCUGCCUUUGACCGGUAUGCAGAUGCUGCGACUGUGCAGGAGAUGCUCCGGACACACGCCGUAGCCUGCGUCGAGCACGUCAUGGACUGCAUCCGCGCCCAACUGCAGAGCACCCAGGAAGCCAUGCGCGGGCAGGGGGAGGUCCUCUUCAUGGCCCGGCUCUGCCAGUCCCUGGGCGAACUGUGUCCCUACCUGAAGCAGUGCAUCCUGGGGAGAUCGGGGAGUUUGGAGAAACCAGCCCGGGAGUCGAGAGCCCUGAAGAAACACGGGAAGGGUAAAGGUCAGGACCUCAGGCCACUGCAGAACAAGUGGCAGGAAGUGCAGAGCCGCCUGCUCCAGCAGAGCGUGAUGGCAUACCGCGUGUGGAGCUCGGCGGUUGUGGAAGUUCUGGUCUGUGGAUUCACCCAAUCAUUACUGCUUGAUGAGGCCGGCUUGAUCCUGGCCACGGCCACCAGCUGGGAUGAGCGAGAGGUCCAGGAGGAGACCGAGUCAGGCAGCAGUGUCACAUCCAAGAUCCGACUGCCCGCUCAGCCGUCCUGGUAUGUGCAGUCCUUCUUGUUUAGCUUAUGCCAGGAGAUCAAUCGGGUCGGAGGCCAUACCCUCCCAAAGGUGACGUUGCAGGAGAUGCUGAAAAGCUGUCUGGCUCAAAUAGUAGCUGCCUAUGAGAAACUUUCCGAAGAAAAGCAGACUAAGAAAGAAGGCGCGUUUCCUAUAACCCAGAACCAGGCGCUCCAGCUCUUGUUUGACCUUCGCUACCUCAGUGUCGUUCUGACCUCCAAGAGUGAGGAGGGCAAAAGUGGCCGCAGCCGACAUGACUCCAGAACCGAGAAGGUGGUCGACUACUUGGAGGCAUUUGUGGAUCCCUUUGACCUGGAUGUCUUCACACCACACCUCAACAGCAAUCUCAACCGCCUGGUCCAGCGAACGUCUGUUCUGUUUGGACUGAUUACUGGUACAGAGAACCAUUUCACUCCAAGGAGCAGUACAUUCAACUCCCAAGAACCCCACAAUAUCCUGCCCUUGGCUGCCAGUCCCAUCAGGUUUGGACUACUUCCGCUGAGCAUGACGAGCACGCGCAAGGCCAGGUUAACCAGCAGAACCACUGCACCCAAAGCCCUGGCCGCACUUCCGGCUCUCACUAGGGCAGAAGACCCAAUGCAUCCUGGUGCUGUGUUCAGACAACUGGUCAGUGAGGAGGAAGACACGUCCUCGUCAUCAUUAUUCAAACUCGGAUGGCUCGCCAGUAUGACCAAGUAG